GAGAAAGAUGUCCGAGCUGCUUAAAUUAGGUGGGAGAGAGACCCCGUUAAGGAGUCGGUUCCUCCUUAGCUCUCUCCCCCCUGUGCUCUCUGUGACUGAGCCCAACGUACUUCACCGCGAAAGAGAAAAAAGAGAAGAAGCUCCCCCAUCCAUAGCCUUUCUCAAAAUUCUUCUGUAAAUGGGAGCCUCAAAAUCAACAAGAGAGUCUGGAGUUGGUGAAGAGAGAUUCUCCUUGAGUUGCUUCGACCUCGACUCCGCUCUCAACAACUCCCUCGACGCACCCGACUCCUACAUCGAGAUCGACCUCUCCUCCUCGGAGUCGGCCGCCUGCGACGCCGACGUCGAUGCCGAAUUCGAGUUCCGUGUUUCCUUCUCCUCCCCGCUGAGCGGAUAUCCCCGCCAGAUCCCAGCCGACAUGCUCUUCAACAACGGCCAGCUCCUCCCGCUCCACUGCGUCACCUCGUCUUCGGCUAAGAACACGGCUUUCCCUAGUCCAGGCCAAGGGGUCUCGACGCCUGGAAGCAACUCCACAGGAGCGGGCAUUCCGAAGGAGCGUUCCUGCUCGGAGGUCAGUUCAUGUUCUGAUCACCAGAGCAUCCACGAGGCGAAGAGACACGCGACGAGAUGGAAGCUGUUGAGCUUCAGGAAAUCGAGCUCCAAGGUGGGAGCCGAGAACGAGCAGAGUCGAAAAGCUAUCGGCAAGCCAGCCGAUGAUGGCGAGUUGAUGGCUGAUAGGGUGCAAUGUCAGAACGUGGGGAGGAGUGCGGCGGAUCAUGCGAAAGGGGUAAGGAAGCUGCUGGUGAAACUGAGGCCCAGAGAGGUGGGAGAGUUGGGAUGGGUGCAGAAGCAGCAGGGGAGCAGCCCCUUCUACCACGAAACCCCCAGGAAAGUAGACAAGAGGAUGAGGAGAGCCAAGGAGAUGUUGGAUAGGUACUGGAGGAUCGUGAAUCCCUUCAAGGGGAACCGCCUGGCGGAGGAGGCAGAGAGCUACGAGGGGAGGGUCUUUGCCGCGGCCGCCAGCUUCGGGGCAAGCUGCAGGGACACUGGGAUCCGGAGCUGCCCGACGUCGCUGGGGUCGUCGCCCAUCCACCGGAGGAUGAACAGCUUCGUCUGUGCCAGCAGAGAGUUGAGCGUGCGGGAGAGGGACUGCUCUUUGCAAGCGGCCAUUGCCCACUGUAAAAAAUCUUUCGGUGUAGCCGAUGGUGGUAAAUAAGACGACUUCAGGACGUCAGGAACCAGAGAAGGAAAAAAAAAAAAGCAUAAAAUUUCCUCUUUCUCUUUCUCUCCUUACCUUUUCCGAGACCAGAUCUCUUCCCGAAUUCACCAGAAAUCGUCAACUACAGAGUGCGGAUUUUGACAUGCGCAGCGAAGAAAUGAUCGUUCCGGAUUUUGAGAACGAGUGGUGGGGCAGGCCCCGGAUGGGGCUGGACAGAUUCCCCACCUAGUGGCGUAUCAAGGUGGGACGGAGGACAUUGUGGUCGUAUGAAUUUAGGAGGGUGCCCCCAUUGCAGCCUUCAACGUCCCUUGGACCCUUACAACGAUAAUCACGGCCGACGUCAUUGCACGGGAAAACUCCUGUCCGAAGAUCUUGGGGUGGGGAGUACGUGUCGGCCUUCAUACCCUCGCAAAGUUCAGUCUCCUUAUGUCGGACUGUGUAUGAUAAGUCCUUCAAAUCCAAAUUGCUGCUCAACCACUGACAUGAAAACUGCGCCCUGCGGGAGAUGUAGGGAUGGCAGUCUCCAUUUUUGCCGUCACCGGAAACUCCGUGGUGCCCCUUCGAUUGACGAAAAAAUGGAUGGUGGUGUUUGAAUUUCUGUAAUUGAUGAAAAAAAACCAAGUGUAUAUUAAAAAACCUACUUUUUCCAAAGCCUUUAAUCAUUUCUUUUGCGCGAGCAAAGAAUCGGGACGCAGACAUG